GUUUUUAUUUUUGGAGCAGAUACGCCACGAAUAUCUAAACGUGCAUUUCAAGUAUUGAAAAAGAAAAUAUGAUAAUUCAUUUGUUCUUGUUUUAGAGUUUCUAUAUUCUUCAUUUUAAACCUGCAGCGUCAUGUUUAUGUUCAGUCACUUUUACUUCCUCUGGGUCUUAGCGGAAGUACUAGUUCACUCACUCCGACUGGUCCAGAAGAGUCUGCUGCAGUUGCUUAAAUUUGGUGAAUAUCAACUUCCGACUAAUUCCCUGUCGUCUUCCGGAUAUCCCAUCGUGUAUUCGAACAGACCAGUUACGGUAGUACAUGAGGACGACUCGUUGUUCGCAUAUAUUUACGUGAAUAUCCUGCACUUUUGUGGCUAGCUGCGUUGGCUAGCCUAGCCACCGUCUCCAUGGCUCCUCCCCUCCGGGUCCUGUGUAUCCAUGGUUACCGCCAGAACGGCGGCUCGUUCCGUGAAAAGACGGGAGCUCUGCGGAAGCUGCUGAAGAAACAAGUGGAGCUUGUUUACAUGAGUGCGCCGCUCAACGUGCAGCAAGCCAGCAAGCAAGAUGUUCCCGAUAAGGAGAAUGACUCUGUUCCUGGACCUGGAGGCGAUGACGACCCCAGGGGUUGGUGGUUUUCUGACACCCGGGCUCUGAGUUUCAGUGCUCAGCAGGAGUGCGAAGAAAGCCUCGGACUCGACGAGAGCGUGGCGGCCGUGAGAGAAGCUGUGAAGGUCCAAGGUCCUUUCGACGGCAUCUUGGGCUUCAGCCAGGGAGCAGCUUUCGUGGCCAUGCUGUGCUCUCUCCAGGAGCAAAAACUGGAGCCAGAGUUCAGCUUCCGCUUCGCCGUCCUGGUCGCUGGCUUCCGCAGCGCGUGUAAGCAGCAUCAGAAAUUCUACAGCGCUCCUCUUCAGAUUCCCUCCCUGCAUGUGUUCGGACUGGAGGACAGAGUGAUCCCCGAUAACAUGAGCAGAGAACUCCUCCCUUCCUUUCAAGACUCUCAGGUCCUCAUACACCCUGGUGGUCAUUUUGUUCCUGCUGCAUCUGCUCACAGACAAACAUACCAGGACUUUCUCAAGAGGUUCCAGUGAGCCCCGAGCACUUACUGUAAAUAUGGCCGAAGGAUGUUUAUUAUUUAAUGUUCAUAAACAUCUUGUGAGAACAUAAAUGACUCCAGAUGUUGGUUAAAAAAAAAUCUGAGUCAUUUUUGCCCUGGAUACGAUGUUUUUUCUCUUUAGAACAAGAUAUAAAGGCUGCUGUCCUUCUCAGGGAAAAUAUCUGAUAAAUAAUAAAUCAGGUGGAAACGGUUUAAA